AAUUGUAUGUAGGUGAGCGUAAGCAGACUCCUGCCCUCUUGUACUGUACACCAUGGCGAUGUUGAAGAAGGGCACGGGCGUCCUGUGUUUCGUGGCCACCGUCAUGGUGGUCAUGGCUACCACCCUUCUUCUCUCCUCCUACGACGCCCACAAAGAGGUAGAUGAGACUGCUGCGUUUCCCUUUCCGGCGCCAUGCUACUCCAUCUCUUUCCCAAACUGUACCGACGACAAGUGCAAGGAGUUUUGCGACAGCGUAGGCAAGCGGCCGGCCCCCAAGGCAUUCUGCAAUGACAACAAUAACUGUUGUUGUCCUGUCAUUCAAGUAUAAGCGUCUGCUGAAGCAACUGAGCUAAGAAAUAAUUAAAUAAAACUAUAUUCGUAAUUGUUUUUGAUCUGGGAGCUUCCAGCAUGGACUGUUGCCCGGACUCAUCAUGAUGUUUCUAAAUCAUUGUAAACCGACUUUUCGAUAAAUUGUAGUGUUCGGCAGCUUUUAUUUAUCCUGUGUGUAUCUCUAGUUCAUGUAUGU